AUGGGCGGCAGCCGAUUGCCGGGCAUUGGACAUCGACGACGAGGAGGAAGAAGCAUGAGGAUGAUCAGGCUUGCGGUGACUCUGACGCUGGUGGCGCUGGUGGGGAGCCUCUGCGCCACGGCCGAGGAAAUGACCAUGGUUUCCUGGGGCGGAGCGUACGGUCGCGCUACCGAGAAGGCGCUUCUGGAACCGUUCGGCGCCCAAACGGGUUACACGAUGAACGUGGAGGACUACAACGGCGGCCUCGCCGAGAUUCGCGCCCAGGUCGAGACGGGAAACGUGCACUGGGACGUCGUCGACCUGGAAGCGGCGGACGCCGUGCGCGGCUGCGACGAAGGCCUGUUGGAGGUCGUCGCGGCCCAGGAUGUCUUCCCCGGACAGGAUGCGAGGCGGCAGCGCAAGAUUAUCUGCCGGGGAUGCUGUCGGAAUGCGGCGUCGGGCUGA